AUUGCUUUCUGCAGAGCGCUCAGAUUUGAGAGCCAUUUGCUCAAGCUGCGGACUCGCGAAUAGAUCAGGGCUCCUGGAGCUUUCUCUUCAGCACCCCAACCCUGCGGAAUCUUUUAAUUGCCAAGAUGUGAAGCCUCGUCAUGGUAACUUGAUGUGACCUAAACCAUAAACCGCCUGCAGGCAGACCCUCAUUGCACAUGGGGUGCCCACAGUGAGUGCUCACUGAAUGUUUCCUGCACUGAAAAGUCAAAGAAUGAAUUGCUUUGAUGGCGUGCUUGCAUGUAUAAUCAAGCAAAAGAGAGAAACGACAGGGCAGCUUGCAGCACAAUUCUGAGCGUCUUUAGAGCCUCCUCCCCACCAUAGAAUGAACAUGGAAGAAUAUAAUUCAUCUCUGGUGCUAGAAUUGUCUCACCCAGACUUGGUCAUCAACAUAGGAAAAGUGACUCUUGGAGAAGGAAACAGAAAAAAGCUACAGAAAACUCAAAAAGACCAGGAGAAGGCAAGAGUUACACAGGCUGUGUGUGCUUUAUUAAACUCAGGAGGAGGAGUGAUUCGCAUUGAAAUGGCAAACGAGGAUGAGCGUCCUGUGGAGCUGGGACUGGAUUUAGAACAGUCUUUGAGAGACCUUAUUGAGUCUUCAGAUUUGCAGGCUUUCUUUGAGUUCAAACAACAAGGGAGGCGUUUUUACAUUUUUGUUAAAUCUUGGAGCAGUGACCCUUUCGCUGAAGACAGUUCUGCCAGGCCCCGCAUUUGCAGCCUGAAUUCUUCACUAACCCGUAGAUCUGGCACUUCUGUGUUUCCCAUGCAUUCAGGAGAGGCGUUUGACUUCCUGAAGAAAAGGAAAGCAAAAAUCCUGGGGAAAGAACCUUCUGGUGAAUUUCUCAAUGUUAUAAAUCAAAAGCUCAAUUAUUCGGAUCCUGCUGACUUAGUAUUCCAAAAAGACUGUAUUGAACAUGGUGAUAUCCUGCCUUUUCCUGAGUCUCAAUCCAUAGAGUUUAAACAGUUUGCUACAAAACACAUCCAACACUAUGUAAAAACUAUAAUUCCACAGUACGUCUCAGCAUUUGCAAACUCUGGAGGAGGCUACCUUUUUAUAGGAGUGGAUGAUAAGAGUAGGAAAGUCCUGGGAUGUGCAAAAGAAAACAUUCACCGUAACUCUUUGAAAAGUGUAGUAGCAAAUGCAAUUCACAGGUUGCCCAUUGUCCACUUUUGCUCUUCAGAACCAGGGGUGGAGUACAGCAUGAAAAUCAUAGAUGUGUUUAAGGGAGGAGAGUUGUAUGGUUAUCUCUAUGUGAUUAAAGUGGAGCCAUUCUGCUGUGCAGUGUUCUCCAAAGAUCCCAAAUCGUGGAUGGUGAAUGACAAGGACAUCCGCAGCCUGAAAGCCAAGGAGUGGGUGGACAUGAUGAUAGAUCCCAAUCCAGAGUUACUUUCAGAGUUGGCUGAAGCUUUUGAAUCUCAGCUGAGCCUAUCAGACAGGCCUCCACUUUGCAGACCGGUGUAUUCUAAGAAAGGUCUGGAACAUAAAGCGGAUCUCCAACAACAUUUGUUUCCAGUGGCAUCAAGUCCUUUGAGAUAUACUCCUGAAUCCCUCUGGAAGGAGCUGUUCUCAGAACAUGAGGGGCUGGAGGAGUUAAUAAAUAGGCAAAUGCGUCCUUUCUCCCAGGGAAUUUUGAUCUUCUCCAGAAGCUGGGCUGUGGACCUGAACUUGCAAGAGAAGGAAGGAGUCAUCUGUGAUGCUCUGCUGAUAGCACAGAACAGCCCCCCCAUUCUCUACACCAUUCUCAGGGAGCAGGAGACAGGGGGGCAGGACUACUGCACCCACACAGCCUUAACUUUGAAGCAGAAGCUGGUGAACACGGGGGGCUACACCGGGAAGGUGUGUGUCAUGUCCAAGGUCCUCUGCCUGAGUCCUGCGAGCAGCGCAGAGUGCUUGGGGGGUGCAAUCUCUCCCAUACCUUACCCCCGGUCCUAUAGCCUGGCAGACACCCAGCAAGUGGAAGCCUUGCUGCAGGCCCUCGUGAUUGUCCUGCUCGGCUUCAGGUCUUUCCUGAGUGACCAGCUCCGCUGUGAGGUUCUAAAUCUGCUCACAGCCCAACAGUAUGAGCUAUUCUCUACAAACCUCCGCAAGAACCGAGAGUUGUUCAUCUAUGGCUUGCCUGGCUCAGGGAAGACAAUCAUGGCCAUGAAGAUCAUGGAGAAGAUCAGGAAUGUGUUUUGCUGUGGGGCAGACAGAAUUCUCUACAUUUGUGAGAACCAGCCGCUGAGGAACUUUGUCGGUAAUAAGAAGAUCUGCCGAGCAGUGACCCGGAAAGCCUUCAUGAGAGAGAACUUUGGACGUAUUCAACACAUCAUCAUUGAUGAAGCUCAGAAUUUCCGCACUGAAGAUGGAGACUGGUACGGGAAGGCAAAAACUAUCACCCAGAGAGCUAAGCCUUGCCCAGGAAUUCUCUGGAUCUUUCUGGACUACUUCCAGACCAGCCACUUGAGUUGCAGUGGCCUCCCCCCUCUCUCAGACCAGAAUUCAAAAGAAGAGCUCACCAGAGUGGUGCGCAAUGCAGAUGCAAUAGCCAACUUCUUACAAGGAGAAAUGCAAGUAAUUAGAAAUAAUCCCCCACUUAACAUCCCCCCUGAGUCCCUGGAGAUGCUUCUUGAAGCUGAAUGGUCUCGGAGUAUUCGGGGGUCCUUAAUAAUUAAGACAGACUUGACAGAGCAGCAAAUAGUGACCUGCGUGGCAGAAACCUGCAACCUACUUUUUAAAAAGGGCUAUUCUCAGAAGGAUGUUGCUGUUCUUGUCAGCACCACGACAGAAGUGGAUCGAUAUAAGCAUCAGCUCCUGAGAGCAAUGAGGAAGAAAAGGGUUGUGCAGCUCAGUGAUGCAUGUGACAUGUUGGGUGAUCACAUUGUGUUGGACAGUGUCCGGCGAUUCUCAGGCCUGGAAAGGAACGUCGUAUUUGGGAUCCAUCCAAGAACCCCUGAGUCAGCUAUCUUACACAAUAUUCUGGUCUGUCUGGCUUCCAGGGCAAGACAACAGCUGUAUAUCCUAUGGCAUGCGGGAACUAGACCUACGGGCCGGGCCGCUGCGGACGCCGGCCCACUGAGCGCUCAGCCGAGCAUGGGGAGUUACGAAAUCCAAGUACUCAGACAGCAACUUGGCAGUGUGCGAAAAGUCUGUGACAGGGCAGACAAUCAGAAAGCAGUUUCAUCUGUAGGAAUCAACAUGGAGAAAAAUCAGUGCUACCUGGUGGUGGAACGAUCUUGCCCAGACUUGGUCAUCAAAGUAAAAGUCACUCUUGGAGAAGAAAACAGAAAAAGCAUGAAGACAAUUCAGAAAAAAGAGAAGGCAAACUUUAUAGAGGCCGUGUGUGCUUUAUUAAACUCAGGAGGAGGAGUGAUUCACAUUGAAAUGGCAAACGAGGAUGAACGCCCUGUGGAGCUGGGACUAGAUUUAGAACAGUCUUUGAGAGACCUUAUUGAGUCUUCGGAUUUGCAGGCUUUCUUUGAGUUCAAGCAAGAAGGGAAGUGUUUUUACAUUUUUGUUAAGUCUUGGAGCAGUGACCCUUUCUCUGAAGACAGUUCUGUGAGGCCCCGCAUUUGCAGCCUCAGUUCUUCACUACACUGUAGAUCUGGCACCUCUGUACUUCCCAUGGAUUCAAGACAGGCAUUCCGUCUCCUGAAGACCAAGAAAAAAGAUGCAAAAUAUGGUUUGAUUAAUGAUGGAUCUCCCCCUAGUAAAAUUCCCAAAGCUGACCAUCAGAGCACCUCUGAAUCAAAUCUUGCAUACAAAGUUUUCCAAAUGAACAGGCUUAAAUAUGGUGAAAUCCUGCCAUUUCCUGAGUCUCAAUCCAUAGAGUUUAAACAGUUUGGUACAAAAAACGCCCCAAAAUAUGUAAAAGACAUAAUUCCAGAGUACGUCUCAGCAUUUUCAAACAGCAAGGGAGGCUACAUUUUUAUUGGAGUGCAUGAUAAGACUAGAGAAGUCCUGGGAUGUGCAAAAGAAAAUGUUGACCGAAACUCUUUGGAAAGUGUAGUAGUAACAGCAAUUUCCAAGAUGCCCGUUGUCCACUUUUGCUCUUCCAAACCAAGGCUGGAGUGCACCACAAAAAUCAUAGAUGUGUUUAAGGGAGAAGAGUUGUAUGGUUAUCUCUGUGUUGUUAAAGUGGAGCCCUUCUGCUGUGCAGUGUUCUCAGAACAUCCCAAAUCAUGGAUAAUGAAAGACUUGGACAUCCGCAGCCUGAAAGCCAAGCAGUGGGUGGACAUGAUGAUAGAUCCAGAUCCAGAGUUACUUUCAGAGUUGGCCGAGGCUUUUGAAUCUCAGCUGAGCCUAUCAGACAGGGCUCCACUUUGCAGACCGGUGUAUUCUAAGAAAGGUCUGGAACAUAAAGCGGAUCUCCAACAACACUUGUUUCCAGUGGCAUCAGAUCAUUUGAGAUAUACUCCCGAAUCCCUCUGGAAGGAGCUAUCCUCAGAGCAUGAAGGGCUGGAAGAGUUAAUAAAUAGGCAAAUGCGUCCUUUCUCCCAGGGAAUUUUGAUCUUCUCCAGAAGCUGGGCUGUGGACCUGAACUUGCAAGAGAAGGAAGGAGUCAUCUGUGAUGCUCUGCUGAUAGCACAGAACAGCCCCCCCAUUCUCUACACCAUUCUUGGGGAGCAGGAGGCAGGGUGGGAGGAGUACUGCACCCGCACAGCCUUAACUUUGAAGCAGAAGCUGGUGAACACGGGGGGCUACACCGGGAAGGUGUGUGUCAUGUCCAAGGUCCUCUGCCUGAGUCCUGCGAGCAGCGCAGAGUGCUUGGGGGGUGCAAUCUCUCCCAUACCUUACCCCCGGUCCUAUAGCCUGGCAGACACCCAGCAAGUGGAAGCCUUGCUGCAGGCCCUCGUGAUUGUCCUGCUCGGCUUCAGGUCUUUCCUGAGUGACCAGCUCGGCUGUGAGGUUCUAAAUCUGCUCACAGCCCAACAGUAUGAGCUAUUCUCUACAAACCUCCGCAAGAACCGAGAGUUGUUUGUCCAUGGCUUGCCUGGCUCAGGGAAGACAAUCAUGGCCAUGAAGAUCAUGGAGAAGAUCAGGAAUGUGUUUCACUGUGGGGCAGACAAAAUUCUCUACAUUUGUGAGAACCAGCCACUGAGGAACUUUGUCAGUAAUAAGAAGAUCUGCCGAGCAGUGACCCGGAAAACCUUCAUGAGAGAGAACUUUGGACAUAUUCAACACAUCAUCAUUGACGAAGCUCAGAAUUUCCGCAUUGAAGAUGGGGACUGGUAUUCGAAGGCAAAAACCAUCACUCAGAGAGCUGGGGCUUGCCCAAGAAUCCUCUGGAUCUUUCUGGACUACUUCCAGACCAGCCACGUGUGUCACAGUGGCCUCCCCCCUUUCUCAAACCAGUAUCCAAGAGAACAGCUCACCAGAGUGGUCCGCAAUGCAGAUGAGAUAGCCAAGUACCUACAAGAAAUAAUGCAGGUGAUCAGAGAAAAUCCUCCACCUAACCUCCCCUCUGAGUAUCUGGCCAUGAGCCAUGAAGCUAAAUGGGUUGCAGGUGUUGCAGGCAACAUAACAGUUAAAGAAGACUUGGACUUGGAGGAGAUGAUGGUCUAUGUAGCAGAUGAGUGCCACUCUCUCUUGAGGAAUGGUUACUCUGCCAAAGAUAUUGUUGUGCUUUUCAGCACAGCAAGUGAAAUGGACAGAUAUAAAGAUGAGUUUUUGGAAGAAAUGAGGAAGAGAAAAUUUUCUCAUAUCGAUGAUGAAUCCACUUUUACUGAUGCCAUGUUUGACAGUGUCCGUCGAUUUUCAGGCCUGGAGAGAAACAUUGUGUUUGGGAUCAAUCCCAGCACAGUUGAGCCAGCCAUUUUUGACAAUCUUCUGCUCUGUCUGGCCUCCAGGGCAAAUAAACAUCUGUACAUUCUCAGCCUUUCAAACUGAAAGGAAGACUGCAGUCUAAGAAGUAAUAAAGAUAAAAUAUCGCCUUUGUCCCUACAGUUUCAGAAAAGGAAUGACUAUUCUGAUCAGAAAAGUAUUAUUUCUAACAGC